CCCUACAGCACAACAAAGAGGUGCAAACACAUACAGAUAUAAACUGAGAAUCAACAGACCACCACGCACAAUGCAUGCAAGCAAGAACUUUGUGGAGGAUGCUGUCGCUGAAGUCGACUUUGACUUCUCCCCGUUCCUAAAACGGUACAAGGAUGGCCGAAUCGAGCGUUUGCUGAGGAGUCCUCUGGUGGCUGCGUCGGAGAACCCGAGAGCCAACCGCGGAGUGGCAACGAGAGAUGUGGUGAUCGACCACAGCACCGGUGUGUCGGCACGGCUUUUCCUCCCGUCCCGAGCCGCCAUGGCCGCCGGCAGCAGGAGGCUCCCCCUCAUGGUGUACAUCCACGGCGGCUCCUUCUGCACAGAGAGCGCCUUCUGCCGGACGUACCACGGCUACGCCACCUCCCUCGCCACGAGCGCCCCGGCGCUCGUCGUCUCAGUGGAGUACCGCCUUGCGCCGGAGCACCCCAUACCUGCGGCCUAUGACGAUGCAUGGUCUGCGCUCAAGUGGGUGGCAUCCUUCGCCGACCCCUGGCUCGCCGACUAUGCAGACCCCGCGCGCACGUUCCUCGCCGGCGACAGUGCAGGCGGGAACAUCGCCUACCACACAGCGGUACGGGCCAGCCAAGACGACGGAUUGGAAUUGGGUGUCGACAUCGAGGGGAUGGUCAUGGUGCACCCCUACUUCUGGGGAGCCGAGCGGCUGCCUUCCAAGGAGGUCUGGGAUGGCGCAGCGGUGUUUCCGGCGUACGGGGUGGACUGGCUCUGGCCGUUCGUGACCGCGGGCCAAGCCAGCAACGAUGACCCUCGGCUCAACCCUCCCGACGAGGAGAUCGUAUCACUGAUGUGCCAGCGAGUCCUGGUGGCCGUGGCUGAGAAGGACACCCUGCGGGAACGCGGGUGCCACCUCCUCAACCGCUUCCGCGACUACUACGUGCGCACUGGCACCGGCGGCGAGGCGACGCUGGUGGAGUCGGAGGGCGAGGACCACGGCUUCCACCUCUACAGCCCGCUGCGCGCCACAAGCAGGAGGCUCAUGGAGAGCAUCGUGCGCUUCAUCAACCAACCUCCAAAGCCUAUGAUACUAGGUGUGCCUCGCUGGCCGUUUAUGGACGUAUUUGACUAUGGCAUGAACAUGAAACGUCGUUGCAGUGACUCGACGACGACGACCUGCAGCAUGGCGUAUGCAACGUCAAAAAUUGGAGGACCCAAGAAAAACUACGGGCUCUUUUCAGGCACCGUGUGGCCUACUAAUAAGCAGGCCUACAAGGGGCCAGCAACAGCCGCCUUCCCCGGAACUCGUCAUCUUAUCAAGAACAUGUGGUAAUAAUAACUGUAGGGGUUGUCGUCAUCUUCACCAAAAUGUGAUGUGGGUCGUGUUUUGUUUUAAUAGCUAUACAUUCUUUUGUUC